AUGCGCAAACCGUCACUUGCACAGUCCGUGUACAACGCGACUUUCCCUCACCCGCGCCCUAGCGACCCGGGUACCUUCGCUGCUCACAUCACCCGUCAUCUCGUGCCCGAGGUACGUGUCGAGACCAGCGUCUUUUACGGUCCUCUCGACAGCAUCGAAGCCCAGUAUCCCGGACUGGACUACUCCCAUGGCCCUCAUCGCCUACGGCUUGGACGCUUCCCCUGGCACCGCAGGCUGUUCCGGGUGUUCGACGCGCUCAAGUUGACCAACGAAGAGAUCUCCGAGCUAUGCUGCUGGGAAGGUACCAAGUCGGCCCGUCAGCGCUACGAGGUGGAGGAGGGAACAACGGUGCGGGACUCCACAGGCGAUGAUGUUCAGCCUGCGAUGCCAACCCCCGCGCCCACCGUCGAGAUACACGCCGAUCUUGAUCUCUGCCAGCCAGACGACGAUCAAGAUCUGAAUAUGGAUGCCCGGAGUGACGACACCGUCCGUGCGAGCGAGUCUCGCAGCUCCAGCGUGGCUUCCGACUAUCGACAGCACGAGUUUGAAGAUGAAUACAGUGACGAAGAAGUAGAGAGCUGCGGGGUGGAACUGAACAACCGCCUGCGCGCUGCCAUGGUCGCGCGCGACCAGGGAGAUGAUGUACCUCUCGACGAGGACUGGGAACAGUGGUUCAAGGAGGCUGGUGAGCGUGGAGGAUACAACGAAGUGAUGCGUGCCAUUCGCUCAAACCAACCACUGAACAUCUUCCCCGAUCCCCCAAGUGCCAACCUGCAACACAACGACCGAGGCCUAUCUGCCACGACACUAUCGGCAGAAGCAUGGCUUCUCGCAAACCCCGGCCCGCGAUUCACCCCCAGGCCCGUCCUUCCAUGA